AUGAAUUAUUUUACUCUUUUAACCGGUUAAGAAGACAAAGAUAGUUGGUGUCCAUCUUUAUCUCUUAAUUAAAGAAUUAUUGGUUUUUUUGUUUGCACAUUAUUAGGUUGGUGGACUUAAAUGAUGAGUUUUGCAUCUAUUUUUGGUGUAGUUACAGGAAGUCCAACAAAAUUCGCAAUUGUUUUUACAUUAGGAAAUAUAAUAACAAUACUAUCAACAUCAUUUUUAAUAGGAUUUGUUAAUUAAUUUAAAAAUAUGAUGACUGACCAUAGAAGGGAAGCUUCUAUUAUUUUUUUAAGUUCAAUUGCAUUUACACUAGUAGCUGCAUUAAUGCUACACAGUAAACUUUUAGUUUUUGUCUGUGUUUUAAUUGAGUUUUGUGCAUAUGUUUGGUAUUGUGCGAGUUAUAUUCCAUAUGGAAGAAAUUGCAUAAAAAAUUGUUUAGGUAGUAUUGGUAGAAAUUGA